CAAACCUCCAAAACAGUCCAUCUCUACCACGGUACUCCUACAAUUCUCCCUAAUUCACACGUUCGGAAGGCGAACAUCCUCAUAGCCAUGUUCCUCAACACUGGCCUCUCCCGAAAAGCUCUCAAACCAUAUGUCGCUGAGUUUCUUGGAACGGCUCUCCUGAUCGUCAUCGGCGAUGGCGUCGUCGCUCAGUGUCUCCUUUCCGACUACCAGUAUGGCACUUGGCUCUCGAUCAACAUUGCCUGGGCCGCAGCUGUCUGCAUCUCUGGCUACCUUUCCGACCCCGGUCCAACUAUCAACCCAGCUGUGACUAUCUGCAUGGCUCUCGUCCGUCCCACUCCCGGACAAUGGCGUAAACUUCCCGGCAAACUCUUUGCUCAGUUCCUUGGUGGCUUUGUCGGUGCCGCCAUUGUGUAUAUCAACUACCGCUCUGCCAUCAAAGACUGGGACCCUGAGUUCACCAUUCCUGGCGGCUCAAUCCUGAGUCCCCGUGGACACCACUCCGCUGGUAUCUUUUCGACUUACCCUGCUGCAUUCUUCGAGUCGAAUUGGGAGGCCGCAUUCUCGGAGUUGCUCGGGUCUGCAGUCUUGAUGUUUGGUAUUCUGAGCAUCUCGGAUCCGGUCAAUGCGAUCAGAUUCCAUUCGCCUCAGGUGACAGUGUUCUUCCUGCUUACUGCUAUUGGAGCUGCGCUGGGCUGGCAGACUGGCUAUGCUAUCAACCCCGCUAGAGAUUUCGGUCCUAGACUGUUCUCUGCUUUCAUCUAUGGCAGAGAAGUCUUUACCGCGGCCAACUAUUAUUUCGUUGUGCCUAUUUUCGCUCCUAUUGUCGGUUGUAUCGUCGGUGCUGCCACUUACGACUCCUUCCUCUAUGAGGGAGACGGGUCGCGUAUCACCGACGCUCUGGACAAUGUCGAAGAUCGCGAUGGCGCUCUGCGGUUGCACUAAGCUACGUUACUAGCUGUGGCUGAUA